UGUAAACUGUCAAACUGUUGUAGAAAAUAGUGCCGAUUGUUUUAAAGGUUCACGUAUUAUUCAGACAGAGAGAGCUAAAGAUGUCUUUAUCCAGGAUUCAGAGUCUGGGACUGGCAGCUGUACUGGAGGACUGUUCAGUCCAGCUGGACAUACUGGGACUUAGACUGGCAGUGCAGACUGACAGGGAGCAAGGCCCUGCAGCAGCACAGGAGAAGGCCCGACUGACCAAGCUGAGGAGAGACUGUCAGUACGUCUCUCAGCAGGUGUUCAAGCUGCACUCUGAGCUGGAGGAGAAGCAGAGCAUCAGUUCUCUGCUGCAGGUGGUGGAGGAAGAGGAGCAGAAGAAGAAGGCUGAGGACAUGAGAAGAGAGGCAGUGGCAGAGCAGAAGCAAAGACGUCAAACUCUAGACAGACAGAAAGACAAGCUCCGGCAGAAAACUGAGACACUGGAGGACAUACACCGGCAGACCAGAUUGGUGAACUUUCAGGUGAUGGAGCAGUCAGACAGGAUGGCCCGCAAGAAGAAGCUUGAGGAGGCAAGCAUAGCGCUGCAGCUCAAGGAAGUGCAAAGGACAAACAGCCACACUGAGGAGCAGCUGGAGGAGCAGCGCAAGAAGGUGCAGCUACAGCUGAUGGAGGAGAGGAAAGUUCACGAAAAGUCCAAGACAUUCUUGAAAAAUCGUCACACGGAGUUGCAGCAGCAGCUGCAGCAGUGGCGGCAGCGCACGACGCAGAUGCAGCAGGAGAAGGAGCAGCAGCUCAACAGCGUGUGCUGCAAGAGGACGGUGAACUUGGACAGGCUGACGGAGAUGAGGAGGAAGUUCAAGGAGAUGGAGCUGGUGGUGAUGGAUGACAAGGAGGAGCAGAAGAAGCUGCGUCAACAGCAGGCGGAGGCCAGAGCUGCUACCAAGCUGCAGGCGUGGUGGAGAGGCUGCAAGGUCCGCCGAGGACUCGGGAGUUUCAAAAAAGCAGAUGACAAGAAAGGCAAGAAGAAGAACAAGAAGAAGAAGGGAGGAAAAAAUAAUAAGAAAUGAGUUUUCUCCAACAGUCCUUUGAGAUA